GUUUAAUCAACUUCCGGAUCAAUCGAUAUACUGGAAAGCAUGUAAUUCCAAAUUGUAAACAAGGCCUACGCGAUCUUCUAGCAACUUUUCCUUUUAUAAUCGAAUAAAGGAAUUUAUAUAAUUGAAUUAUUUACCAACUUUAUAAUACGGUAAACAUAAUAAAGGGUAAACAUCUUAUAUAGAUAAAAGUGGUUUGACUAUUAGCUAAACUCUUUUGCUGUUAAUGGCAAUACUUCAGGCUUCAGGCAUUACAUAUGUAUUCUUGAGAGAAUAAUUUCCUUCUUUGCUGCAUCCACUCAUCGAUGGGAUGUUUUAAUUGAAUACACUUGAAUUUCGGUGAAAAGGCUGUCAACAACACAUUGGAGUGCUCAUCAUGCCGCUGUUAAACAGUGAAAUUAUUGAGUGAAAGAUAAGUUUGAUGAAAAGUGGCGGAGAUUUUAUGUGUUCCUCUUGACACUUGAAAAUUUGGAUACAAGAGGUGCAUCACAAGGCCAAGGUCUUUAAUUUCACGUUUAUCUGGUACCUUUACCUUUGGGCUGAUCUACUUAAGGAAGUUAAUCUUACACGGCAGUAUGUGCAGACUAAAGGCUUUACUCUUGAGAAAGUGGUGACCAACCUAGAAGCAUUUCAGAUUGUUUCUGCAAGAGAAGUGCUGUCACUGUGGAACAUGCUAUUGUAAAUGCACUUUUAAAAUAAGACCCCAAAAAGUCUAUAAGGAAUUUUGGUAGAGAGAAGGUUAAAGUUUAAGGAGAGAAUGGCAGGAGAACAAUUAAUAGAUGCUGGACUCUCUCUGCUAGAAGAAAACUGUAGGUAGAUGCUGGGGUGUAUUGAUCGCUUUCAUUUUGAACUCCAGAUCUGAUCAUCUUACUAACCCUAGUAUCAGAUAUGUUUAGGGCUGUUUAACCCAAGAGUCUACUAUCACCAAGUGAGGAUGAGUUAUUGGUGUCCGUUCCAAAAUUAAUCUCCUGUGAUGGGUUAUCAUAAUAUGAACUUUUAAAAAAAAAUACCAAGACUUAGACUUAGAAUAAACCUAAAGACAGCUGACAUUGAAUUUUACAAAGUCAUGGACUGGUCACUAUUUGAUGUUUUGAAAUUCAUAGCUGAAUUGGAAUUCCUAGAAUCUCUUCCAAUAUUCGCGUCAAGUGUUUUCAAUUGGUUCUUCGGAUCUGUGGCUCCAUGUGAGCGGAGCUUUUCAGAACAAAGGCUUAUCAAGAACUAUUUACGAUCCACCAUGGGACAGUCAAAGUUUUCUGCUCUGGACAUAAUAUCAAUUAAAAAUAUACUGUGAAUUGAUUUUGAUCAAGUGAUUGACAAGUUUGCAACUUUGAAGACCGGGAAAGGAAAAUUUUAAAUAAAGAAAACUUAGUUUAAAAUAACUAUAACUUAACCUUGUUACAGUUCUUAAAUCAAUUAACCUCCUGACCUUUAAUUAAUUUUUUUUUUGUUCUUGUCAUUGUCAUAUUGUAGACUUAUUUUAACAAGAAGUAAUCCAUUGUGGAAGUCGGGAAGAGGGGGGUGACCCCAUGAGUUUACCGCAAUGGGUGACACCAACCCUAGCUACGCCACUGUUAAUGGGACAUACCAGAAUCUCUCCAAAUUCUUAUCUUUAUGUUGCAUGUUCCGGUGAGGGGCGGGGAUUGGUGAUAUAUAUAUAUAUAUAUAUAUAUAUAUAUAAUAUAUAUANUAUAUAUAUAUAUAUAAUAUAUCAAAUAUUAAACAAUUUAUUAGACCAGUGGUCAGCUAUUGUUGAUCUUCACUUAGUUAUAUACCCAUUUUUGUUUUUUUCCUUUGUUUAGAGCCACUGUCACUAUGGCUGAGGAUGAAAGUUCUCCAGAUUUUCACUCAUCAAAACUUGGAACACAAGAAUAGUUAGUCAGAAUUUAAUUUGAAAUGUCUGAUUCUUAUCUGACUUAAAUUUAAAUGUCUGUUUAAAUUAUGUAUAUUAUUUUGAAUGGAUGUUAGUCAGUGUAUUGAUAGGCUUAAGGUUUGCACUGGGUCUAGUGUUAAAUUCAAUAUUUGUUAGUUGUGUCAAUUUUGAAAUGACGUCAUGUUAAUAUUUAAUCUAGAUUUUGUGUAAUUGGAACAAAUUUUAAUGUGUUCAUUUGAGAAUUCAAGAGCAUUUUCCCCAAAAUAAUGUAAACAUAUUUCAAAAUUUGUUCAGAAAUAGUCUUUUUCUAAAAGUGCUAAAGUAAAUAAAUUACCAUUAAUAAUUAAUGUUUCAGCUGGGAUGCAGCCUACAGUCAAGAGCUACAAGCAUUUCAAGAGCUUGGUGAUGUAGGGGAAAUUUGGUAUGUCAUUGAGUUGCACCUAGAAUUUAGGUGAUGUAGGGGAAAUUUGGUAUGUCAUGGGGUUGCACCUAGAAUUUAGGUGAUGUAGGAGAAAUUUGGCAUGUCAUUGGGUUGCACCUAGAAUUUAGGAGAUGUAGGGGAAAUUUGGCAUGUCAUUGGGUUGCAUCUCGAAGCUAAUUGACAGAUUGCAGAUUAAUCAGCCUUGCUACAUCAGCUAAUGUCAGUUAGUCAACCGUCAAUUAUUUAUAAUGUAUUGUGCUUGAGAUGCAAAUAAUUAUAAGUGAUAUAUAAUUAUAUUUCAUAUUUUAUAUAGAGGUAACUAGAUUCCAAUAGUUUUCACGAAAAGCAGAAAAGCAGUGAAGUCAAAUUGACUUGACUUAUGAAGGUGAAGCAACCAAAGUAUGACAUUGAUGAUGCUAUUGAUAAGAGAAUGAUUAUUUUUGCCAUUUGAAGAUGCUGCAAGUGGUCCUUCUGGAAGGCUUUCCUGACCCACCAUGACAGACGGGCACUAAUUUGUCUUGAUAUACACAUUUAAAUAUCCACACAAAUAACUUGUCAUAUAAAAUGCAUCUUUUCACCAUUCUAGUGAUACGAAAAUAAUAAUAGGAAAUAACUGAACAAGAAAAUUCAAAGUAUUAGUUAUGUCAUAUCAAGCUAUUGUGGCUUCACAGCAUAUGGCAGCAUAUGGCAGAGUUUUAAUUUUUAUGUGGUGCAAUGGUGUAGGUAGGAGGGUUUGGAGGCACAAACACACCCCUACCCACCCCACCCCAUUUUGCACCUUUUGUAUUGAGUUGCGUCACUUUUGACCAACUGCAUAGCUUUUUCUAGAGAAUGGGGUGGAAAAAACCAGGCAAAAUUAUGGAUGUGGUGUCCACCUUACUAGUGGGAUCAUUAACAACACCACUAAAAAACAACAGCCAAUCAAAUAGGCAGGGUAAUAAUUAACAUAAGAAAGGUCACCUGGAGACUUUUCUGCAGGCCAAAGUUUGUUUGCCUGAUUCAUUAAAUGAAAAGUGAAGUUACUGAUAAAUAAACAAUGCCGUCAAUUAUGAAUAUUUUAAAUUAGCAUCAAAUAAAUCAAUACCACCUUAACGUAUCAUGUAAUGGAAAUGAGGUAUGUUAUGUAGUGAAAUUAUGUUAUGGUUUGUCAUGUAGUGGAUUUAUGAUAUAUCUUCUAGUGGAAUUAUGAUAUAUCAUGUAGUGGUAUGUCAUGUAUGUCACUAUGUGGCUAAUCGAUUGCUUUUUAUUAAACUUGAAAGGUUUGGAGAGGAGGCACAAGAGAGAAUGGUCCGAUGGUUAGCAGAUAAAUCAGAGUUACCUCCCUCAUCAGCAAUUGUUGAUCUUGGCUGUGGCAAUGGCAUGCUCUUACUUGCACUUGUAAGCUGAGUACAAAGUCUUCGUUCUUGUAAGCUGAGCACAAAGUGUUUUUCCUGCUUGUAUUUGUUAGCUGAACACAACAUGUUUUUUCAUACUUGUAUUUGUAAGCCUUAUACAAAAAAAAAUGGUUCCCACUUGUAUUUAUUGUUUGCUGAACACAAAAUGUUUAUGUUCCUACUUGUAUUUGUUAGCUGAGCACAAAAUGUUUGUUCCUGUCAAAGUCAAAUGCUCAUUUUAAUUUGACUAUCAUGAGUUUUUAUUUGUUUCUAGUAGGGAGUUGUGUAUUAUUACCUAGAUUAAAACAGGAAUUAAACUUGAUUAAGAAGUUGCUUGUGAGAUCGUAGUGAAACUGUACUGGUUCUGCAACCACAAUUAUUUCAUUUUAAUAUAUGGAGUUAUGUGGGUGAUUUUUCGGUUGUGUCUUACAGAGAGAGCGGGGAUUUUCUGAUUUAAUAGGCCUGGAUUACUCGGAAGGGGCUAUAGAGCUCUCAAAAAAAAUUGCAGAAAAAAAACAAGGGGAAACAAACAUUACAUUUAAGGUUUGUUUUUUUUUUCUUUAAAAAAUGUUUUUACUUGUAAAAAAUCCAUACCAUUACCAGCUAUUGUCAGUAAUUAAAACAGGAUACAAUUUAAACUAAUUUUUUUUCAAAAGCAUCAAAAUAGACUUUGGUACCUUAUCACGUCAUAUUACCUCUGUUAUUGACAGGCUUAGGUUGGUACUUUAUUUCUAUUAUUAUUGUUAGCUGGUACUGCAAAUAUGUCAAGAUAUCCCUGGAAACAGGUCGAUGAUUGAAGUUACCAUUAUUAUUAACAUACUUAAACCAAUCAUUAUAUACAAAUUUUUCAACAGAUUUAUCCAAUUCUGUUAGUAAUAUUUAAAUUUAUUUAGUUUUUAAUGUUGGUUCGUCAUAUCUUUUAAAAAAAUAAAUCUAGGUUUGCGAUUUGUUAAGUUCUAAAGCAACUGAGAAUCUCUUCUGUGGAAAACGUUUUGACGUUUGUCUAGACAAAGGGACGUAUGAUGCUAUCAGUUUACAUAAUGUUGAGAAGCCAGAUGAUCGCCUGGCAUACAUUCAUAAUGUCAGCUCGCUAUUGAAGGAGGCAGGCCUACUCAUGAUAACGUCGUGCAACUGGACGCGUGAGCAACUUGAAAAACAGUUUCAAGAAGGUAAACUUCUGAGUCAUGAGAAAAUGUAUGUGCACUGGUUUGUGCAUCCACAAGUCAUGCGGAAAUUUUUUUUAUUUUUUAACCAUAUCUUUUUAAAGAGUUUUAUUUUAAACAAAUUUUGCUCUUCUACUUAAGAUCUGGUUAUUUUUUCCUAUAAAAAAAUAAUUUAUUUCAAAUACUGUCCAACCUGUAGUUUAACAUGAUCCAAUCUUUACUUAUUAAUCCGAUUAGUUCAGUUGCUGGGUAACUUUUGUCCCUGAUGAUGAUAGCCUAAUUUUCAAUAAAUAAAUGGAGAUAAUCCUGUUGAUUUUUCAGAAAUGUCAGUUCUUUGAUUUUCCACAUAUGAUUUUAUGUUAGGGUACCAUCCAAAAUGAUGUUGCGAUGUGAGGAUGUCAAACUUUUUGUUACACAUUUGUGAUUUGGGGGGAGGGGUGUGUAAAUUUCUGCCAAAAUAGGGUGUCCGCUCCUCAUUUAUGGGUGGCCCUUAACUCUUCAUUACCUGGCUAAUAAUAUAUCUUUUAUUUUCAGAUUUUGAAUUCGUUCAUGAAAUACCUGCACCAAAAUUUAAAUUUGGUGGAAAGUCUGGGCAAACAGUGACAACAUUAGUUCUUAAACGGAAAAAUUAAACCAGAUGACAUCAUCAUUAUAAUAAAAACAUAUUUAUUUGUCAUCAUACUCGUUGUAAUAGUGUUAAAAAAUGGAGAGCUCUUUUAAACUAAAUGUCAUUUUCAGGCUUAUAUUGAAAUGUCAUUUUCAGUUAUUCACUGAUACUGAUGAUAAUAUAUUCUCAAUAAAGACCCAAUAAAAUGUUGUAACCUAUGUUUGAUUUGUGUAACAUUAAAAUGAUUCCAGUCUUAAAAAAAAAAAAGCCAGUUGCAUGGCUAUCAUCAUAUUCAUCAAGAAUAUAACAUCAUCAAGAAUAUAACAUCAUCAAGAAUAUAACAUCAAAGCUUUUGCUUUAAGUUUAAGAUUUUUUUUGGUAUCCAGCUUUUGAGCCACUGACAUCAACUUUUUUUUUGGCAUUUACCUCUUUCAGUGACUGGCAUCCCUUUGACCUGUACUCUAAGUUUUCUAGUAAGAUUUAUUUUUAAAAUAGUAUUGCUUGCUACCAAUAUAAACUGUAACCAGUGUGGGUCCGCAAAAAAAUGUCACAUGUGGCAGAUUGGCAAAGAAAAUUUGUGCCUGCACUUUUAGUUAGGUUACCCCUGGAGGAUGGUGCUAAUGUCGAACAUUUUAAAUUUUGUCCAUGAUUUUAUUUUUUAAAUCACCUCUGGAUGAUGUUUAAGAUUUGUCAGAUUUUAAUUUUUUUUAAAAACAACAAAAAACUGAUUACACACAUACAUAGUUUUUGAAGAACAAAUUUUACCAUUUUUAAAAUAUAAUUUAAUUCCUCAUCAUUUCUGUACAGUUAUUUACAAUCUCUUCAGCAGAUGAAAUGUGUAAGUGUUAAUGAACAUCUUCAUGAACAUUCAAUUAUAAUAAGUGCAUACAAAUAAUAAUAAUAAUAAACAAUAGAAAUCACAUUGAAUGAAAUUUAAAGUCCAAAAUAACAAAGUAAAACACAAAGAAAUCACAUUGAAACCCAGAACUACUGAUCUAUUUACAUAUGGUACAAGCAAAGCAUAAAGCGAAAUUUUGUGAUCCACUUCUCCCAUUUGUUGCAUAAAUAUCUAUUUUCUCAAGAAACUUUUUUUCUUUCUUAUGGCUCAACUUAGAACAAGGCAGUUCAUUUCAGGUUUAUAAAUGUUGCCGACGCUUUCAAUCAACUCUAAUAAAGCAUUGAAGUGGGCAGAUAUCUAUGUCAACCCUAAGACACAAACGCAAUCUUUUGUACCGUAUAUCAAUGUACCGUAUAACAUUGAAAUUGUUUUAUUUGUGGCACUUCCAGUUUUAAAAAUAUAUCCAUCCUUUUCUGGUUUUUAGACCAUUCCUAUCCUAUUUUUGAAAUUUAUAUGAAAUUUAUAUGAGGUCAGAAACAUACAUUAUAAUUGAACUAAUUUGAUUAAGUUUUCAUAAAAAUUAGCGUUUACAUAAUAAUCUACAUUUCAAGAUUCAUUUGUAUUUGAAAUGUCUUGAGAGUGAGUAUAUAGUUGUUAAUAGAUGCUUUUCUCCCUUUCUUUAUCACCAUGAAAGUAAACAUAGAUGCUUUUCUCCCUUUCUUUAUCACCAUGAAAGUAAACAUGUGUCAGUGUCUGUCAUGCCAUGGCACUAAGACUUAAUAACUUCCACAAAUCUGUUCAAUAACACCCCCCUCAUCCUUUCCACCCCUAGUAAAGCAUAGCU